AUGUCGAACGAUUUAAAAACUGGAGGAUGUCACUGUGGUAAAGUCAGAUUUGAAGUAGUUAAAGCUUCAAACGACCAAGAAAAUUACGUUUAUUGUAAUUGCUCAAUAUGCACAAAGAAAGGUAUCAUUCAUUACAUCGUACCAAAAACUAGUUUCAAACUUUUACAAGGUGAAGAUAUUCUUUCAUUAUAUACUUUUAACACUGUUCAAGCUGUGGUAUCUGCCCAUAUAUGUAAAUAUAUAUUGUUUAUCCCAAGAAGCCAUCCAAAUGAUAUUGAUGUAAAUGCCCGUUGUUUCGAUGACUUUGAUAUUACUCAAGUUAAAAUUAGAGAUUUUGAUGGUAAAAAUUGGGAACAAAAUGUAAAAUCAAUUCAAUAA